AGGAUAUCAUUUUGGUGGAAAUUAGAACUACAAGUCUACAAGGCAACUUUGAAAACAAGAGAAAAUUUUAUUAUUUUAGAAGACGACUUAUUAUAACGACCAUGAUGGUAUUUUAGCUAUAGCUUUAUUUAAUAUGAAUUAUAUCAUUUGUUUUUCUUUCGUUUGCUGAAAAUAUUGUCUUACACUCGCCGAGCUUUCCAAGCCCACUCAUUCUUGCUUUUGUUCUCAUUAAGUCGGCAAUCGAGUCUUUAUAUAGCUUGCAGUUUUUCUAAGCCUCACCAACUUUUUUUGUUGAUUAAAAUACAGUUCUUUCUUAAAGUGGUAAUAUUCCGUUGUUUCUAUAUGCGGAGAAUUUGGUGGUCUCAACAUUGUUUAGUUAAAAAGUUAAUUGUUAACUUGGUAUAAUUGGAAAUCUUAUCUUAGCAUCUAUUAUCACUUGCCACUGGCACGUCUUGCAUUAGAUCUAUAAAAUAGAUGGAUCUUUCAUUUCUGAACUUGGUAAUUCGAUGAAGAUGAGGAUGAGGAUGGGGAUGCGAUGAGGACGAGGAUGAGGAUGUGUUAAUUAAUGCUGUUCCACGCACCAUCUGAACGGGUCCUUAUAAUUUAACAUUUUUCCUGUCCAGAAGGUAUCAAAAAUAUCAAUUCAGUUCCCUGCUUUAUGGGUCUACUCUGAAUUUGAUCGCUGAAAACCGCCACCGCUGUAGCCCACAUCAUGAAAGGCGUCUUCUUCAGCUCUCUCUACUUUUAUCUCUUCUUCUGCUUCGGGUUUCUCUGCAGUUGGGUGUCAUCCAAAAAUGGACCAGAACGUGCGGCCUUCCCGCCGAGAGGUUGGAACUCCUAUGACUCGUUUUGCUGGACAAUUUCCGAAGAAGAAUUCUUACAAAAUGCAGAGAUUGUUGCCAAGCGGCUUAAAUCUAAGGGAUAUGAGUACGUGGUUGUGGAUUACCUCUGGUAUAGAAAAAAGGUUCCAGGUGCUUACACCGAUUCUCUUGGGUUUGAUGUGAUUGAUGAAUGGGGGAGGAUGGUCCCGGACCCAGGUCGGUGGCCUUCCUCUCGAGGUGGAAAGGGAUUAUCGGAAGUAGCUAAGAAAGUACAUGAUAUGGGGUUAAAGUUUGGAAUUCAUGUCAUGAGAGGAAUUAGUACACAGGCAGUAAAUGCUAAUACCCCUAUAUUGGACGUUUCAAAGGGAGGUGCCUAUGUAGAAUCAGGGAGAAAGUGGUUUGCAAGUGAUAUAGGGAUCAAGUCGAGGGCCUGUGGAUGGAUGCGUAAUGGUUUCAUGAGUGUAAACGUCAAUUCGGGAGCUGGAAAAGCCUUCUUAAGGUCCCUUUAUCUACAAUAUGCUGAGUGGGGUGUUGAUUUUGUGAAACAUGAUUGUGUGUUUGGCGAUGAUUUCGAUUUAGCUGAAAUAAGCCUCGUCUCAGAUGUUAUUAAACAACUUGACCGCCCAAUAGUGUAUUCUCUGUCUCCUGGAACAAGUGUGACACCAGCCAUGGCCAAGUCUGUAAGUGGGCUGGCUAACAUGUAUAGAAUAACGGGGGAUGAUUGGGAUACUUGGAAUGACAUUGUUUCCCACUUUGACAUAACCCGGGAUUUCUCUACUGCUAAAAUGAUAGGUACCACAGGCCUGAUGGGUAAAUCAUGGCCUGAUCUGGAUAUGCUUCCACUGGGUUGGCUUACUGAUCCAGGUUCGAACGAGGGCCCUCAUAGAAGAAGUAACCUUAAUUUAAAUGAACAAAGAACUCAGAUGACUCUAUGGUGUAUGUCUAAGUCUCCAAUUAUGUUUGGAGGAGAUUUGAGGAAUCUUGAUGAUACCACCUAUAGUAUCAUCACAAAUCCUACUCUACUGGAGAUUAACUCCUUCAGCUCAAAUAAUAUGGAGUUUCUUAAAAUAGCUGCAACAAAAGUUUCAAACGGUAUAGAGCAGACUCUCAAAUGGCAUUCCAGAGAUUUGGAGGCAUCGACUUUGCCUGUGUUGGGUCUCAGCAACUGUGCAGAUUCAAAGGCUGGUGGUUGGAUUACUGAAGGUCUCAAUCAAGGUCUUGAAAAAAUAUGUUGGAAGGAAAAUCUAGAACACAAAUAUCAAGCACCGUUAUGCCUAUUUAAACGAGGAUCUCGAGUUGCAAUGGAUAAAGAGGCAACUGAUACUCACCAUGAUCAAGUGGAACUUAUAACAUCGGCGACUGGCACAGCGGAUGUUUGUCUAGAUGCUACUCUGAAAAGAAAGCGUAGUUCUGAAGCAUUCACAAGGGGAUCAUUUUUUCCCUGUAAAAGGCAUGAGAACCAGAAGUGGGAUUUAAACUCUAACGGGACGUUGGCAAACAAUUAUUCUGGACAUUGUGCAAUUGUGAAGUAUAACAAAGCCCAAUCUAUUCCGACUGGAGUUCGCUCGUGGGUCGCGACAGGAAGGGAAGGUGAGAUAUAUGUUGCUUUCUUCAAUCUAAACAAUGCGAGGACAGUAAUAUCAGCGCAGAUUUCGGACCUUGCCGAGGUACUUCCAGGCAAGAAAUUGGGUCAGAGUUCCUGUAAAUGCAGAGAGGAAUGGUCUGGAAAAGACUUUGGAGUGAUCACAGGGUCAAUAGCAGCACCAGUCGAAAGCCAUAGUUCUGCACUACUUAUCAUCAAUUGCAACUAGUGCAACUACUGCGUCCAUUGGAAGCAGUUAAUAACUCUGGAAUUUGCUAUUCUUGAAGCUCUAAAAAAUAUGUACUUUGCUCUUUCUCACUUCAAUCCAAGUUCUGUUCUGUCCGAGCAAAAACUUGCUAUUGAUGCUUAAACAUCAUGGAAAUGAAGAUUUUAAAUUAGCUGCCAUAAUCAAAACUAUAAAGGUGGGAUGCCUGGUCUGUUGACUGCAGGCAUAGAGUUAGAGAGAUGAAUAGAGAUGAAAUGACAUGAAAUUAAGAUUUUCUAAUUAAUUUUAAGACUAUUUUGUGUA